AAGACACAUGCUUUUCUAGUAACUGUGAUCAUGACCAUUCAGACAUUUGCUCAAAUUGUGUUUUGACACACAAACUUACAGAGGGCAUCACUGAAGCCACUAAAACAGUCAGAAUACCAUCUGAGGAUUUGAUGGAGGAAUUGCAGCAUGAAAUUACCAUGGCAACAAAAGCCAUCAAGGACUGGAAGGCUCAUCUUCUUAGAACUGUGCACCAAGACUUUGCAAGAUCAGACAUCCUACAACACCUUGAAUCAAACCAGGGACUUCUUAUAAUGGAUUGGGCCAUGAAGUUUCUACCCCUCCAGUACAGGGAAACACAGUCAGACUUCUUUGGAAAAAAGGGCAUUAGCUGGCAUAUUUCAUGUUUAAUUACCAAGAAGAGUGACCCUGAACCAACAGCUAGCACCUUGUCAGACCAUCUUGACUUGAACACCUAUAUCCAUAUCCUUGAGAAUGGUACUCAAGGUUGGUUUUCCGUUGCUCAUAUUAUUAGACACCUUCUUUUGACUCUAUCAGUGCAGUUUCCAAACCUGAAAGAGAUCUACAUGAAGACAGACAAUGCUGGUUGCUAUCACUGUACACCACUAAUCUCCUUUAUCAGUCAGAAUCACAGUCAUUUUCCUAUUACCAUCAAGGAGUUCAACUUCAGUGAAGCACAGUCUGGAAAAGAUCUUUGUGACAGCAAAACUGGUUCCUGUCGAAUGCAUGUGGCUAGAUUUCUGAAUGAGGGAAAUGAUAUUCUUUCUGCCUCAGACUUGAAGAGAGCCUUAGAAAGUAAUAAUGGAUUGAAAGGAACAAAGACCUGUGUUAUCUCCAUUGACAAUGCAGAGGAACCAAAGAUAAAAUCCAAAAUUCCUCAGAUUAGCCUUCUGAACAAUUUCAGAUUUGAUGUGGAUUCAGUUAUUGCAAAAAGGGCAUAUCAGAUUGGUUGUGGACGCCUUAUUGAGACCAAUACUUUGAAGGAUCAGCAUCUUAAUGUUGGAGAAAUGAAUGGUUUUGAGGUGUUAGACGAAUUUCCAUCUCAUGCAGUUGAUGUUGGACAAGUCUGUGUUAGAAUGAGGAACCCAAACAUUCAAAAUGAAAUGGAGGAGGAACAGAACCAGGAACAGGACCAGGGGCACCUGAAUAAUGAUUUGUAUGCAUGUCCAGAUCCCUAUUGCCAGAAACAGUAUGUGAGGUCUGCUAACCUUGAGAAACAUCUAGCAUUAGGCAAUCACCUUUACAGGAAAGCUGAAGAAACCGGAAUUGAUUGUGGCAUCAAAAUAUGGGUUGAAAAGUGUUCUGCCAUCCGAGAGAAAUAUGCUCACAUUUGUGAGACAGUGUUGUCUCGGAGUCGUGAUACAGGUAUCUUUUCCCAAAGUUCAGGAGGAUUGGCAUUAAAAUCUGUUGCUAAAUGCAACAGGUUCUCCUUAAAUGUGAAGGAGUAUGUAAAGAAGAUUUUUGAAAGCUGUGAAAAGACAGGAAAACGGCCGAAUUAUGCAGCUUUAAGUGGAGAACUUCAAAAAGCUUGUGAUGAAAAUGGACAACGCCUUUUUAGACCAUUUGAGUGGCUAACAGCAAAUCAACUGAGAAACCUGUUUGCAUCAUAUAUUAACAACAAGAAGAAAAAUUAUAGGGACAGACAGAUUCUUUUAGUGGAAGUUCCAGAAACAGAUGAACAUCUUCAAGAAAUUGUCAUGAAUCUUAAGGCAGAAGAACAUCAGCAGACUGUAUCUGACAUGUAUGAAAAUGUGUUUUAUGCAGCAAAUACUUAAUUUACCUUUGGAUAUCUCUGUGGCAACCUAUAUAACAUGCAUUUACAUGGAAAUUAUCAAUGUUUUAUACUUUAAGAUAUCUGUAAAGGUGAAAAAUUCCAGGUUUAAAAAAAAUACACUGUCUCAGUAUGUGUAUUUUAGCAUGAAUGUAUUUCUUAUUACAUUUGGUAUUUAUCUUUUAUGAUUGUGUGAGCAUGGCAACUUACAGGUUACAUUAGUGCAAUGAUUCAUUUCUUUUUAUGUAAUGAUUAUUGUCAGUUCUAAUUAGACACCACCAAAAGUUAACUCUCUGAAGGUUCAAUGCACUGUCAGUAAUAUAUAAGGUUUUCUCAGGAAAUUAAACAAAUUACGCAAAUGAUUGUAUUUCCUUGGAAACAAGUUUUUUUCAUUUUAGUAACCAAUUUUAUUCUAGUAUUUGAAAAUAUUGAAAUUAAUAUUUUCAAAACUUAUCUUAGAGUAAUAACAUUUAAUUUAGUAUUCUCUGUUAAAACCAUAAAGCAUCAGAAUUUUUUUUUACCUUCUUCAAAGAAAGUGAUAAAAGUCCAAAAUGAGGAAAAACAACAAUUUUAAGUUUUUAUGAAUAACAGUAAUAUAUAAGUAAUGUACUUAUAUGAUGGCGUUAUUAAUGACAACUUGUAUUUCCUGUUUUGAAAUAUUCAAAGUUAAUUUUUAUUAUUAUUUUCUGUAUAAAUUGUCAAAAUAAUGCUGUGAUAUAUCAGAACAUUUCUGGUAUAGAUUUAAGUGAAUUGAAUGUUAGCCAUUUUAACGUUUUUUUGUAAAAAUGAAAAUACCAGUCUCAUUGGUGACGUCAUAUCUGACCUAUAUUAUAGAGUCCAAAGUCAGAUUUUUUAUAUUGUACUAUUCAUGGUCUGUACUUAUUGGUGUAAUUGCAAUAAAAGAAAUUGAAGCGUUUACAGACCCCAAAAUAAUGCUUUGUAAGUUGGUAAAAUUUGAACAUUUCACUAAACGUAGGAAUUCGAAAAGUUUAUGACCUUUUUGUACUUAAACUAGAUAAGAUCUAUAUAAAUGUACCUCCCCAGGAGACAUGCUAGACAACAUGCUUUUACCCCCUAUAACUAGUUUCUAUGCAUGUAUUAUCACUGUUAGUUGAGAGGUCCUGAAAUAUGUGUAGAUUUCAUGGUUUUUGUUCCCAUUUUUGACCCCUUGUUCUAUUUUUAGUAACAUGCCUUUUACUCAUGAACUAUGCCAACCAUGACAAAAACAUAUGUGGCAAAUUUUAUGGCAUAUUAAUACUAUGUUGCACACCAACAUUGAUAUCGAUACAUCAACCAUGCUUGUGGACUGUUUUGCAUGACUUUCUCUGAGACGCUCA